AUGGUCAUCAGUACAAACAGUGACAUCUAUGCUCCAUUUCUACAAGGCAUAAUGAUGGAGGACGGUUAUCAGUCCAACGAGGAUGGCUCCGGCUUGCAUUCACCCAUCUUCGGGGCUGAAUUUCCUCAGCCGCAUGGAUACAUCUGCUAUCGUCAAGAUCAACUAGAUAGACAACAUGCAGCGGGCAUCCUAGCCUCUCAGUUUAAUUACAUCAACAUCCACCCGCACCCUCACCUUCUCGAAACCCCUUCGGAUUUUCAUUCAAAUCAGAAUCUUCACCACCAUAAUUCAUAUCAGUCUGAGUUUCCUCCACAAAGAAAUCACCUCGGCCUUGACACACCGCCCCAUGCCCACCCUAACACCUGCCUUCCGCUCCCUCCAGCUCACGGUGCCGUCAUCAAUUUGUUCUACCAAGGCCCCCAAAAUCGAAAAUAUUCUGCCGAGGACUUGCGCACACAGUCUUACUCAGGUGGUUGCUCAGCACAACCCCCUGCAAUACAAACUCCAGAGAGCACUCGAUCCCCUGUUCCAACGUCAGAGUCAACCCUUCAACUGCAGCCAGCCGCAUCUACGUCUCAGGAUCCGCCUCACAGGGAAAUUUCGAAUCAGGUGGUAGCUUGUCAGCAAUGUCGUGCAAGGAAAAUUCGAUGUGAUUCUGCAAGACCAAUUUGUCAUAAUUGUGUGCGCCGCUCGAAUGAAUGCCAAUACGAUGCAGCACCUAAACGGCGAGGGCCUGAUAAAAGGCCAGGCACUCGCCAGCGCUCAUGCAAGAAACGUCCAACAGAUGGUUCAUCCCCUUCUUCCCUUCGGUCCAAGCGAAAACGCACUUCAGUCAGGAAUGAUGACUUCGAGCUUCCGCAGGAAUCUAACGUCCCCUCCGCCUGA